UAGCCAGCCAGAAGAACAAGGUCAGGGUCGAUGCUUUGGGUGUGCAAGCUGUAGAUACUCUCGCCUACAACCGUCAUUCAGCUGGGUGCGAAGGUAAGAAAGGCUUGCUGCACCGCUGAGCAACCCUCUCUGGUGCCUCCGAACAGGUCUCUGCCCCACCAUCGUCGUCGCCAUGGCAACCAACUCGCCGCCCGGCUACUCGGCCGUCGCCGGGGCAGCCAGCGGCAGUCCACGUGCAGCAGCAGAGCAGGAGCAGCAGCCAUCGCGGCCGCAAGGGCAAUCACAGCGGGAGCAGCAGCCCCACCCUGAUGUGUACACUAUGGCCGCACAACGCUCCUCCUCCUUCCUGCAGCAGCAACAGCGCCAAGCGCGGAACAGCCUCGCCGCAGGCACCAAGCGCAGCGGCGGCGGGAGGGCGGACGCCACAGAAUCUUUCCUCUCGCAGCUCAUCCUCUUCCUCGACGCUCUCCCGCCCAUAACCCAAUGGCCGCGGGCCAUCUACCAGACGUGCAUCUACGAUCCGCUGCUCGCGGUCGUCAGCCUGGUGCUCGACGUCGUCCGCUCACCGCGCACGCACCGCAUUGCUCUGCGCCUCGGAGUCCUCAUCACCCUCCUCUGGACCGCGCUCGCGUUCGCCAUAAUCGCGUACAUUGGCUUCGUCAGGGUCUGGCUGCCCCAAGUCGGCCUCAGAAAGACGGUCUGGCUGCAGUAUGGCGAGUCGCGUCCGCCGUACGCGUACCUCAACUUUGAGCCGGCGCAAUCGCGCCACUCUUUCCACUCGGAAGCAGCAGAAGACAUACUCAACUCGAAGGCGCACUUCUUUGCCGAUGACCAGGAGUACGACGUCACGCUCGAGCUGCAGGUACCCCUCACCGCUGCCAAUAUCGACCUGGGCAACUUUAUGGCUGCGCUCGACCUGCGCAAUGAGAAGAACGAGACCGUGUGGAAAGCAAGUCGGCCGGCGAUCCUGCUGCAGGAGCCUCUGCCCGUGCGCGCACUCUCGUCACUCUCGCUGCUCUUCUCGCGCAGCCUUCCGACAGGCUCCCUCGCUUCCUCGUUAGUCGGUGGCACGAGUGGGGGCUUCGACAACGACGAUGACGAUGCGUCGCCCGCCAGCCUUCUGCCUGCGUUCCUCUCCGCCGGGCCCGCGUCAUUGUCGUGGAGCAUCCCGACGCAGAUGAUCAGCAUCCCGCUCCUGCGCCGGAAAGUUAUGCAUGCUUCCAAGCCGAUGCUCGCUUUCCUCGAGCCAGAGCACGAGAAGCGAUCUAGGAACCAGCAGCAGCACGAAACCGGCGUCUCCUGGGCCAAGCCCGGCUCGGCGCAAGUCAAGAGCGGCAUCGUUAGCGUCGGCCGGGCCGAUGCGGAUCGCUUCUGGUACGCCGCGAGCGGCGUCGCCGGUGCUGGUGCCGGCACCGCGCUGGGACUACACGGUGGCAGGUCAGGGGAGAUGUGGGCCGGCCUCAACGGCGCCAAGUCCAGAGGCGAGCUGCAGACGCAUAGUGUUACCUUGCGCUUCGACGUGCACCUCACGGGUAUUCGGUCAGUGUACAUCAUGUACCACCACCCGAUCCUCUCCUUCCUCCUCUUCACCUCCCUCUUUUUCAGCUUCGAGCUGCUCGCCGGUCUCUUCCUCUGGGCCGUCGCGACGAUCUACACAUCGCCGUCGCUGCACAGCGGCCUUCGUCCAUCGCUGCACGUUGAGGAGAGCUGGGUCGAGGGCAUCCGCCGCCGCCGGCCCGCGCCGGCCACAGGUCGGCGCGCAGCAGAGGGCAGGGCGACCGAGGAAACGUAUACGGAAGAAGACGGAGGCGAGGAAGCUGACGAAGAUGGAGAGCUCACCGAGACCGAGGACAGAGCCGCAAGGCGCUGGGAAGGUCUCAUGGGCACCGAUAACGAGAACGGCGGCGACUCCGACGCAGAGCCCCACGCCGCCUGGGCCAAUGCUCCGGCGGGCUACCGGGCGACGACGGAGGAUGAAACGGGGCCAGGCACCAGUCUUCGCCGUCGUGCCGCUUCCAGCACCAGCAUAGUCACCGCCCAAACAGAGCAGCAACGCACUGGCAGGACGACCAGUGCAGACCCGCGUGCAGCAAUGGCAGCAGCGGCAGCAACAGCGGCCUCUGCCUUCCGAAGUAGAGACGAGGAGGAGCGCGCCGAGGCGGAGAGAACGCGCAUGCGCCGAGAUACACUUGCUGGUCGGCGCAUGACGGAAAUCACUGCUCUCGAUCUUGAUUCUCUGGCUCCAAGCAGCAGCGGGCCGUCGUCACCCAUUGCCGUUCGCGGUGGCAACAGUAGCGGCGCAGGGACGAGCCCCGGAGAAGGCGGCGACGAUGCAAGUCCGGCUGCGGUUUCUGCCCCUUCCGGAGACCCCUUCCUGGACGUCAUGUCCACGGCGCCUUCGCGCCGGCGUAUCCUGAGCCGCUUGGAUGAGGAAACAGAGGAGGAUACGGUCAGCGCCAGCAGCACCGGAGACGCGGCGAGCACGUUGGAUGACGACGAAGAGGAGAUGGAGGCACGCCCCACCGGCGCGUCCAUCGCCAAGCACAGCGUCGACGUUGAUGACGAUGACAAAGCGACGAGCACAGCAGGAAGGACCAUGACGCUUGGCGGGUCGGAGACGUCAAGAGGCUCCUCGAUGGCACGCUCCUUUGCCGCAACCACCGCGCCGUCCGUCUCAACUGAAACGAGCUACACGCCCUCGCAGACGCAACGAGCCCCUGGCUCCGCCGAGCUUACGCCGACAGCAGAGCGACCGUGGGGGUCGCGCGGCGCAGCCCCCUCCAGCGCCGAAGCCGAUGACGAGCCCACCGAGGACGCUUGAUAUUUCCGCGCCGGCUCAGGUGCAGGUGCUUUGGUGGAUGGAGAGGUAGAUCACGAUGAUGGAAUCACAUUUAUAGAAGCUCAUUUUUGUUUAGAUACCAAGAAAUGCAGAAUGGGAAACGUGCGAUAUGGAAGAGGUAGUGUGCAAGACAUUACAAUCGGAACAAAGAAUAAAAGCUGUGCUGGCAAAGGCCAAAAGAAACAAACAUCCCUCUCCGCAGGAACAGAAGAGUCGGUCCGCGGUCGCAAGGGUUAGGUCAUCAUGUCAUGG